AAAUUUAAUGUGGAAAUUGUAAACCAGCUUGGAUUUCACAAGAAACUGAAGGUUCACUGCAAGAGCAAAACUCAUGAUUUUCCAAUUACGUAUCUUAAUAUCGGAGAAAAUUUUCAAUUUAAAUUUAUUAUCUAUCUAAAAACUCAGUAUUGGUGCAACUUGUGGCAGGGACCAAAUUACGAACAUCAUGUGGUCUUUGAUGCAUUUCUUCCAAACCAAGAUUUUAUAGAUAAUACAUGUACUGGAAUGAACCCUAAUGUAUGUAGAUGGACCGCAAAAGAAGAAGGAGUUUACGUCCGCAAAAAAAAAAAUAAAGGAGAAUAUUUCAUGCUAAGAGCUUCAGGGCAGACGAAC